CCCUAGUUAAAGAUGCUGAUGAAUCACAGGAUGAUGUGACCGAAACUCCAGCAUUGGUGGCGCAAACUAAUAGAAAGAAGAGUCAGAUGGCCUCGGCCUGUCGGAAAAUGGAUUCCCAGUUGAUGGAAUGUGUAGAGGAGGAAAAGAAAGAUGUUUCAAUAACUCCUGCUCCAAUGGGAGUUACUAGCCGAACAAGAAGGGUGAAGGAAGAGAGUGCGGUUCAGAAAGUGUAUAGCACACGAGGUCAGUUAGGUUGGCGGAGAAGAAUGUGGAGAAGUUGAAUGUGGCGGAAAAUGAAGGGUCUGAGCAUUUCAAGAAGGAAUUGCUUACUAAAGAUGCUGGUGAAGAUGAGGAUAUGACUUUGAAAGAAGGCCCGAAUGAUUCUGAUGAAGUAUCAGAAAUUACUGGUACCGAUGCAAGCACAACUGCAGAUGAGAGUUCUCAGGAGAAAGAUAAAUCAGAAGUUGUUUCAGCUGAAGAACAGGUUAUAUCAAUGGUUCAAGAGAUCGAAGUGGCACCAGGCCUGCACUUUGAGGCAGAUGGUCCUAAGCCAGAGGUGAAGGAGAAUAGUGAUGUGGAAAAUGAGGAAACAGGAUCUUAUGAUGUUUGUACAUCUGAGAUUGAAGUUACAGUUGAAAACACAGAAGAAAAUGAUCUACAUUCCCAGGAAAGAGCCGUUGGGAUGCCCAACGGUCAUAUAUAUAUACAAGAAACCCCUCCCCCUCCCCCUCCCCGGAGCAGUGGAUUUCCAGAGACUUACAAGCUCUCUGCAAGAAGAACAAAAUUCCUGCAAACGUGACCAAUGCUGCCAUGGCCGACGCUCUGAAAGCUCUCCAGCUCGUUGAAGGAAUUGAAGAAUUGAUGCAGCUGUCUCAAUCGGUAAAUCAUCAACUGAAUCACCAGUGAGAUGCGAGGUAACGUCUCCCUAUGUGCCUCCAACUGGUGGCAGAAGCACACGCCGGAGAAAUGUUGCAAAAGAAGAGCCUGAAUCUGUGAAGCCAAUGACUAGGACUCGGCGUACGGCUUGGGGGUUAAAGAUGCUGAUGAAUCACAGGCUGAUGUAACCGAAACUCCAGCAUUGGUGGCGCAAACUAAUAGAAAGAAGAGUCAGAUGGCCUCAGCCUGUCGGAAAAUGGAUUCCCGGUGGAUGGAAUAUGUAGAGGAGGAAAAGAAAGAUGUUUCAAUGACUCCUGCUCGAAUGGGAGUUACUAGCCGAAGAAGAAGGGUGAAUGAAGAGAGUGCGGUUCAGAAAGUGUAUACGUCGGUCAGUUAGGUUGGCGGAGAAGAAUGUGGAGAAGUUGAAUGUGGCGGAAAAUGAAGGGUCUGGGCUUUUCAAGAAGGAAUUGCUUACUUAAAGAUGCUGGUGAAGAUGACGAUAUGACUUUGAAAGAAGGCCCGAAUGAUUCUGAUGAAGUAUCAGGAAUUAUACUGGUACCAAUGCAAGCACAACUGCAGAUGAGAGUUCUCAGGAGAAAAAUAAAUCAGAAGUUGUUUCAGCUGAAGAACAGGUUAUAUCAAUGGUUCAAGAGAUCGAAGUGGCACCAGGCCUGCACUUUGUGGCAGAUGGUCCUAAGCCAGCGGUGAAGGAGAAUAGUGAUGUGGAAAAUGAGGAAACAGGAUCUCACGAUGUUUGUACAUCUGAGAUUGAAGUUAAAGUUGAAAACACGGAAGAACUGAAUAGUGAGAAAGAGAUAGGACCUCAAGACAAGGCUGCUGUCCACAAUUUAGAUGUGACCUUGGAGAAAUUCACAGAACUCAGAUUGCAACAAGCUACAGAGAAGUGUCAACUAGAAAAAUGCUGGAGGGAUGUUACAGAAGAUGAUUUCAUUGAUCAUUUGGCUAUCUCUGAUAAAAUUGAAAUUCUUCAGCAUGACGAAAGCACAAAGGUUGCUGCUGAUCUGGUGCGGUCUGAUGGUGGAGUGGCGGUGAAUAAUGCACUUUCCGCUGUAAAGGAUUCACCAUGCAAGCAACUAGGUGAUGAACCAACCUGUUUGACGCCGAGUAAAUAUUCUGCAAGCAAGGCAACUGCAACAAUGAAAAUGGUGACGACUGCUUUCACAGAUAACAAAGAGAACAUUGGUAGUGGCAGUAAAUUGGUUCUUGUGAAAGACAGAGUAAAGACAGCUAAAAACAGUGUUGAGAAUGCCCACAAUUUGAAUGAGUUGAGUGUGAGAAAGCUGUCCAAGAUGUUGAAGGUAAGCUAGAGAUCACCAAGAAGUCAACCAAAAAUGACAGUGGCAACGAAAAAGCAUUACCAAGACCAGCUCUGCAAGCACUUCCCGUGAACCGAUUAGUAUAUGAAACCCAUGACUGAUUGCUGCUAUGCAAGAAUUUGGUUAUCCAGGGUCCAGUUAAUCAUGCAACCCACUUUACUUGGUGUUUAACCAAUGUUUUUACCGCAUGUUACUCUUGUCUGUUGUCCUGUAUUUGUAGUCUUUGGAUUAUGGUAACUGGCUUUCUCUAUAGGUUAUGUAGGAGAAAAAAUUGAGGGUGAGAAAACAUGUUGGUCUUUGAUAAUUAACAUAAUUAUUACUGAAAUUGUGAUGUUUCAUCAAACAGGAAAACUGAAUAAGUGUGCCUUGGAAAAGGCAUGUUAGUUUGCUGCUGCUCCCUCCCACUUUAAGACAUGGAAUUUUG